GAGGAGAGUUGCCUAUUUGCACAACGCGCCGGGACAUGCUCGCAGCCUGACUGACCGCAGGUGGCCGCCGCGCCCGGGACACGAAUGAAGAAGCAGUUGCUCCUCCUGUUCACACAUCGGGGACUUGUCAGCCGAGGGGGCCGCAGGGGGAAACGCCGUCGAAAAUGGCCUCGUUCAGCAUCCGCGCUGCGCGUCCUGAGGACUGCCCCGACCUGCUGCGACUGAUCAAGGAACUGGCGAAAUACGAGGACAUGGAGGACCAAGUGGUGCUAACCGAGAAAGGUAUGAAAGCGGGAUCUGUACGCUGGGUCGGUAGCCUAGUGUCAGUAUCUGUAACUCAGGUGCCGAUUUAUUCUGCCUUUCUAGAACUGCUUGAGGAUGGUUUUGGCGAGCACCCUUUCUACCACUGUCUGGUUGCAGAAGUGCCCAAAGAACAGUGGUCAUCUGAAGAACACAGCAUUGUGGGCUUUGCCAUGUAUUACUUCACCUAUGAUCCGUGGAUUGGAAAACUACUGUAUCUUGAAGAUUUCUAUGUGAUGGCCGAGUACAGAGGACUUGGCAUUGGAUCAGAAAUUCUGAAGAACUUGAGUAAGGUUGCUGUGAAGUGCCGCUGCAGCAGUAUGCACUUCCUUGUUGCGGAGUGGAACGAACCAUCCAUCAGGUUCUACAAGAGAAGGGGUGCCUCUGAUCUGUCCACUGAGGAGGGGUGGAGGCUCUUCAAGAUAGACAAAGAAUAUCUCUUGAAGAUGGCAACAGAAGAGUGAAGAGAUGAUUCCAGCAAAUAAAAUCUGUCUGCGGAUACUUAUGCUCUCUGAAUAAACUUCUUGCUUUCUGUGUACAGUUUGUAGUGGAAUAAAGUAGUGUGGAUGCUAAUAUUGAAAGUGCUAUCUAUGCAGAUGUGGUUAUAGAAUAAUUGAUACUGUGAUCAGCAGUUGCGGCAUCUCUGAAGCCAUGUAUGUGCUUGUGUGCAUCCUUUACCAGUGUGGGCUUGUAGUCUUUGUAUAUGGAAACUUCAUUCUUGUAAGUGUCAUUCAAAUGUGUACAAUGUACACACUGGUAGGGUUUGUUUUAAUUAUUGCCUUUUAUAAAAAUAAAUAGUGGUUUCACUUCA